AUGUCUGGUGUUUGGGUUUUCAAGAACGGUGUUGUUCGGCUGGUGGAGAAUCCAGGACCUGACCCGGUAGAUGGAAGCCGGCAAGGGUCGUCGAAUACCAAGCGAAAAGUACUAGUUCACACUCCUAGUAAUGAAGUUAUAACUUCUUAUGGUGUUCUUGAACGCAAGCUAUCUCCACUUGGAUGGGAGAGGUACUAUGAUGACCCGGAUCUCCUUCAAUUCCACAAAAGAUCCACUAUCCAUCUCAUAUCUCUCCCUAAGGAUUUUAACAAGUUCAAGUCCAUGCACAUGUAUGAUAUCGUCGUCAAAAACCGCAAUACGUUUGAAGUCAGGGAUAUGUAG